CACAUCAUGUACAGCGAGGAGGGAGAUGGAAAUCUGUCUUAGUUUUAUGAUUCUCUCUUCCACAUUCUGUCUCUCUUCUGCAGAAUUUCACUGUGAUCAGGGAUAUCUUCUCUACGGGGAUUACUGCUAUCACUUCAACAGUGAAUCAGAUAAAACAUGGCAGGAUGCUGAAAACUAUUGCAGCUCCCAGAACGGACACCUGGCCAGCGUCCACAACCAGGAGACAGUCAGAUUCAUCACAGGACUUCUUGCCGUGGGCCCCGAGUCAGCCGGAUAACUGGAAG